CACCUCGUCGGCACAUACACUCUACAUCACAAUGGAUGCGUCAGCAAAGGUCCCCGUCAAGCUCGCCGCCGUCACCAAGGUCCUUGGGAGAACUGGUUCUCGUGGAGGUGUCACUCAGGUCCGCGUUGAGUUCUUGGACGACCCCAGCCGCUCCAUCAUCCGUAACGUGAAGGGCCCUGUCCGGACCAACGACAUCUUGGCUCUCCUGGAGAGCGAGCGUGAGGCUCGUCGUCUCCGGUGAGGAACUAUCCCUUUCCGCUCCUCGCUAUCUGUCGUCUCGUUACAUUCUCUCCGCUGUGUAUCCCGUAUGACUUGUUUUUGUGUGGAUUCUCCAUCCUGCUGCUAAAGAUAUGGCAUGCACCCGCAUAAAAACUGUUCAUACAUGCUUGCGUCCUCUACUUGAAUGUUUCAGACAUAAGAAUGCGGAUCGAAAGUGCCUGGGUGUUCAGC